CUGAGGAAAUCGCAGAGGGGACAGAAAGCGAAGCCAAAGAAGAAACCCUAAAAUCUCUCUCUCUAGAAUUUCACACUCUAGAUUCAACAAUAGCUCUUUUGACUCUCUUUCGUUGAAAAAUCAGGGUUAGGGAUUUUCUAAUUUUCUUCAAUUUGGGGCUUGAUUUUGACCUGUUUCUGACCAAAUUGUAUAUAUCAUAGUGGUGUUUGUUAGAGUUUUUUUUUGAGGGGUUUUGGAUCUGGGUCUUGUGUGUAAUUGCUUGAAAUUCAGAAAUUGAUCUGGGUUUGUUGUGAGGAAGCCAUGGCUGUUCCGACAAUUGCGUUGUACGCGAGUCCACCGAGCAGUGUUUGCUCGGCGUCGCACCCUUGCCAGAUCAACUCACACUCCUCGCACGAUUUCGAGCUGAAUUCGAGAUCUUCGUCGUCGGCGACGGCGUCUCCAUCGCAGAGGCCGGCCAUGGGGGGUCUCUCGUGCCUGUUCUCCUCGCCGGCGGUGAAGCACGCCGGCGGCGAAGAGUUGGGGUCGAUGUGGCACGACAGGGGCGAAGAGCUGAGCAGCUCCUUCUGCUAUUUGGGAUCGUCGUUGAAACGAGAUCGGAGCGAAUCAAGCCCGGUCUCGGUGUUUCAAGGCCCGGUUUCGUGUAGCAGCAGCGUUGGUGGGUCGUCCAGAAGCCCCCCGAUGAGAAUUGCCCGCGAAAGGAGCGGCGGCGAUGGGGUUUCCAGGGUUGGAACCAGUGGGUUGUUCAGUGGAUUUGUUAGAGGGGCUCUGGGUUCCUACAUCGAUUAUGAUUCGCCCACCUUUGAGAUUGGUGGUGGUGCCCUAAAUGCGGAUUCCUCAUCAGUUCUGGUAGAUGAAUUGACCUUCAAUAUGGAAGAUAAUUUUCCGGACAGUAACUCCGAGCCUCAUGUGAAAGAUUUGCUCUUGGGUGCUCAAUUGAGGCACAAAAUAUUCUCUGAGGAUUUCGUUGUCAAGGCUUUUUACGAGGCCGAGAGGGCGCAUAGAGGGCAGAUGCGAGCCAGUGGGGAUCCUUAUUUACAGCAUUGUGUGGAGACUGCCGUCUUGCUGGCGAAAAUUGGUGCGAAUUCAACCGUCGUUGUUUCGGGGCUUCUCCACGAUACCCUUGACGAUUCUUUUAUGAGUUACGAUGAUAUUUUUGGGACUUUUGGAGCUGGGGUUGCUGAUUUGGUUGAAGGGGUGUCUAAGCUAAGUCAAUUGAGCAAGCUAGCACGUGAUAACAAUACAGCAAGUAAAACGGUUGAGGCAGAUCGAUUGCACACCAUGUUCCUUGGCAUGGCAGAUGCCAGGGCUGUCCUCAUAAAGUUGGCAGAUCGAUUGCAUAAUAUGAUGACACUGGAUGCAUUGCCUUUGGGCAAGCAACAGAGGUUUGCUAAGGAAACUCUGGAGAUAUUUGUGCCAUUGGCCAACCGGCUAGGAAUCUCUACUUGGAAGGAACAACUAGAAAACCUGUGUUUCAAGCAUCUCAAUCCAGAUCAGCAUAAAGAACUAUCCUCCAAGCUUGUGAAGUCCUUCGAUGAGGCUAUGAUUACUUCUGCUAAAGAGAAAUUAGAGCCAGCCCUUAAGGAUGAAGCCAUUUCUUACCAUGUUUUAUCUGGGAGACACAAAAGCUUGUAUAGCAUUUACUGCAAAAUGUUGAAAAAGAACAUGACCAUGGAUGAGAUACAUGAUAUUCAUGGAUUACGAUUGAUUGUUGAAAAUGAGGAAGACUGUUAUAAAGCACUUGGAGUUGUUCACCGAUUAUGGUCUGAAGUGCCUGGAAGGUUCAAGGACUAUAUAAAGCAUUCCAAGUUUAAUGGGUACCGAUCUCUUCAUACGGUGGUGAGGGGUGAAGGCAUGGUUCCACUUGAAGUUCAAAUCCGAACAAGGGAAAUGCAUUUACAAGCUGAGUAUGGAUUUGCAGCUCAUUGGAGAUACAAAGAAGGUGACUGUAAGCACUCUUCAUUUGUGCUUCAGAUGGUUGAGUGGGCUCGAUGGGUGGUCACUUGGCACUGUGAGACAAUGAGCAAAGAUCAAUCACCUGUUGGCUAUGAUAAUUCCAUCAAGCCACCCUGCAAGUUCCCAUCUCAUUCUGAUGGUUGUCCAUUUUCUUAUAAACCGGACUGCAGCCAGGAUGGACCUGUCUUUGUCAUCAUGCUGGAGAAUGAUAAGAUGUCGGUCCAAGAAUUCCCUGCAAACUCAACCAUAAUGGAUCUGUUGGAAAGAACCGGGCGGGGAAGCUCAAGAUGGACGCCCUAUGGGUUUCCAAUCAAGGAAGAACUGAGGCCACGGCUGAACCAUGAGGCUGUGAACGACCCCACUUGCAAACUGAAGAUGGGGGAUGUGGUGGAGCUAACUCCGGCCAUACCAGACAAGUCUUUGAUAGUGUACAGGGAAGAGAUCCAGCGGAUGUAUGAGCGGGGCGUGAGCGUAUCGAGCAAAGGGUCUGCAGCUAGUAGCAUGGUUGGCUGGAGAAGUUAACCUUUGGUUUGUCUGUUGGUUUCUACCCUUAUAGAGUGCAUUACCAUUCAAUGAUAAUCAUUCUUGUAUAUACAUGAUAGAUAUUUGUACAGAAGAGCUUUAUGGUUCUGGUAUGAGUGGAAAAUUGACUAACUUAGAUUGACCAAGGACCAAAAGUUUGAUCUCCAGCUAUUGAUUCAUCGAUAUAAUAGAAUUCUACCUUGCCUCAGUCCAA